AUGGACGAAGAGGAGCAGAGCGAAAGAGGAGGCGUUGUGGAGGCGACGAAGCAGACAAUGAUGUCGUCGUCCUCUUCGUCGUCGUCGGAACAGGAGCCCGAGGAACUGCUAGACCCCAUCACCCUCACCCUCCUCAUAACGAUAACCAGGUGGCUCAAGACUGCGCCCCGCGCCGCGUGCCCGGUCUGCAAGAGCGCACUCGCAGUCCACCAGCUGGCGCCCAACUGGGGCCUGCGCAACGCGGUCGAGCGGUACGAGACCAAGCACGGCAAGCGCAAGGCCAAGAACGAAAACGAAAACGAAAACGACGAGAAACCGUCUGCGCCGAUUCUAGAUCAUCUGCCGGACGAUGACGACCAUGACGACACUGCCAAGCCGACAGCCACUGCCGAUGGUGCGGUUGCACAGCAACAACAGCAAACGGCGGAGGAAGAGGAUUGGUCGUUUUUGUGCAUCGACGUGCCGGGGUCCAAUCACAGCUGCUGCGCCUGGGCGUGCACGGACUGCGGCCUGUGCCACACCGCCCGGGGGUGCGGCGGGGACAACGCCAUAGCCUUUCCCCUCACCACGCUCCUAUGCUGCCUCUCGUUCGGCCGAUGUAGUUCCUGGUACUCGCGUUCGCUCUGCGGAUUGGUGUUUCCGGUGUUCGUGGGGCUGCUGCUUCUUUUCAUGCUGGUCGACCUGGUCUACAUCCUCAUCGCCUUCACCGUUCUGGGCCUCUUUCUCCUCCUGGCUAUGUUGGUCGUCGCGCCCUGCUACUUCUUGUGUCUCAAACAGACUACCACAACGGAGGACACCACAACGCCAGAACCACCGGCGCCAGAGAGUUGA